CGCACCCAUCACUGCCAGCCUGCCAGUCCCCUCUGACACAGAUUCCUCUUCUGUCCGCCACAGUUGCAGCCACUGACUCGACCACCCGGCGCUGUCGCCAUCCCUCCGCUUUCCCUUUCGGGUGCUCCUGCGGCGUCGGCCCCAGGUGCUCGUACUCCAGGCUCUGUCUGGUACCUCCGCGACGCUCUCCGCACCACCCCAUCAGGGGCACCAUCACAACAAUUGCCCACGACGCCGGUCGCGCUCGACAUCUUGGAGAGACGUCCCCGUCGACGCGUCGCCCCGUGAUGCGCUUGCGCCCACACGCUCCCCGAUAGCGCACAUCGUCUGGUGCCAUGCCUGGCUGGCGGCCGCUCCCGCGAAUCGCGUUCGCAAUCUGUGUAUAUCCCUUCCAGCCCUCGUCGCCGGCCGACCUGCCCCUCGAGAUUGGCGAUGAGCUGUACAUUAUUGAGCAGGGAGGGAAGGAUGGCUCGUGGUAUCGGGGGUACUUGGUUGCACCCCCCUCGCUGCUGGCAGGCCUGACCAGUGUCAAGGGACAGACGCUGGAGGCACGCGUGUUCUCGGGCAUCUUCCCGCGGUGCUGCGUCGAGGUGCGCGAGGUGCUGGGCGAGGGCAAGAAUACACCGACCCUCCCCGACGGGCCUGAGAAAUUGCCUCCGUCGCGCGGGAGCCAUGGCGAGCAUGCCACCAACGGUGUCAUCACGCCGACCGAAAGCACAAGUGCUACUUCGCCCGCUGGAAGGGGUUCUGCUUCGCACGCCAAAAGGGCGUCCAAGUCCGAUACCGUCCCUGCGCUCCCAACCUCCGUCUCGCGCCCACUGUCCAGACGGCGCUCGUCCAAGAAGCGCGCCGGCAGCUACGCCUCUCAGUGGACGGCCCGCUCUGAUCACCUCCAGCAGCUCGCACUUCCCCUGUCUCCCGUCUCUACGGCCUCCCACGACCCCACCGCACCGCGACCGCCGGCGCCGGUACCUAUGCUGAAAAUCGGCGACGAGACCCCGACAUCAGCCCAGGAGCCAUUGGUCGACGAGAUUGCUUCCUGCUUGCGAGAAUGGCACUCUACAAAGUUACACGAGCUUCUGUUAGCAAGGAGAUACAGUGCGUUGGAGAAAAUGUCGGCGCUAGUGCAGCGAUUGGAUACGGCACGGCGGCAACUGUUGCACAGGGUUCUGACGGCGAAAGAGUUGGAGGCGGUGCGCGAGACCACGGUCUGGGACCUAGUCACGGGUAACAAGAUGCUAUGCGGGGACGUAAUCGUGCGAAGCCCUUCGCAGCGCGGCCGCAUAUUGACGGGAGACGACUCAGCUAUCGAGAUCACGAAACUGCAGUCGAUGAUGAGCUUAUUGGACGGUCGUCCAGUCCCUCAUAUCGACGAGCACAACCUGCACCACCUGUUUGUGAACUUCAAGCAAGUGCUGGGUGACGUUGCACGGGGCUCCGCUCAAGUGAGCAUGCAUCUGUGUCUCAAGGUACCCGGCUCGGCACCACAGCCCCUUUCGGAAGCAUACUCAUUCGAUCUGACUUCUCGGGAUGGCACGCCCAUAUCACUGUCGGGCGAGAAACUCAGGUCUCUCUUCGUCGACUUAAGCUCAACCGAUAUUGGCGAAGGCGCUGGCUCCGGAUCCAGCCUUUACCUCGUUUUUAGAUUGCUUGUGAACGAACCAGUGCGCACAAGUUCGACAACCGCGCACCACGCUCCCAAGGAGAGUAUGUCUAGCGUCAGGCCGGGGAUACAACCCUCCCAGUUUGGGAGCAUCAAAGGCGGAAGGCGCAGUGUGAUGUUUGGCUCAAAACGGAAAGAGUCGAGCCACUCCAACAUAAGCUCGGCUGAAAUGCGACCAACGAGCGUUGACACGACUCGAGCCCAGAGUCAAGAUGGACGACCAGAGUCUGUGUCAGUGACAAAGCCUAGAUCAUCUUCCAAGGACCAGAAAACAUUGAAGAGAGCUGUGGCUGUUGGCGUCGUCCGUGUUGACCCGCUUCUGCGAGCUCAGUCGGAAACGGAUCAGAAUGUUACGCUGUGGUGCCUCCCGGCGCCUUUUGACGAAAUUACGGACGAGGAUACUGGCUGGGAGGAUGUUCUGACCGAACUCUUUCCAAGCGCAAACGGGAAAUACAAAAAGCACCCCCAAAUCAGCCGUGUCACGGUGCACCUCAAAGCGUUUGCGAAUCCGGAUACAGAGACUCUGGUGGAGAAGACGCCUACGUUGCUCCACAACAUCAGGCAGAGUCGGAAAAUUGGUUUCUCGGGCGCCCCCACCAAGCCACGCAGUGACAUCUACCUGACCUUGGCCGAGGCUUUCCUUCCUAAGAAUGCCUUCCUAGCGCAUCCCAAAACAGGAACUGUUCCUCUCACAACAACCUCAUCCAUGGACAACCUUCAGUUGACUAUUGAAGUCCGGAAAGCUUCUGGAGAACGCAUCGAAGGAUGCAUCUAUCCCUCGAGUAACAGCGCAGGGCACACGGCCUGGCGCACGACUGCGGUAGAAAGGGGCGAAUCGUGGAAUCUUACCAUUCGACUUGCCAUCAAUCCCGAGGACGUACCAGGGUCGCAUAUUGUUAUGAGCAUAGCGGAUGCUCCUGGCUUCCCUUUUGCCCUGUGCUGGAUGCCUCUUUGGAACCAGGAUGCGUUUGCUCGAGAUGGUCAGCAUUCCCUUUCGUUAUACCGGUACGAUGAGUACACUUCGAGCAUGAUCGCCGGGAAAGGUGCUUACCUUGGUCUUCCCUGGAGUUCGAGAAAGAAAGAUGAGCAAGUUAUGGGACCAAUGGCUUGUCUGCACCUACGAACAUAUCUCUGUAGCACCAAGUACUCGCAGGAUCCGACCCUACUCGGUCUUCUCAAAUGGCGCGAUCAAGCGGGUGGAGAUUUGAUUGGAAUGCUCAAGAGAUUUCCCUUCGUUCCGGAAAUUGAGAUUGUCAAGCUUUUGAACGAGGUUUUCGAUGCCUUGUUCGAAAUUCUAGUGGAGUAUGCCGGAAGCGAUGAGUACGAAGAUCACGUUUUCAACGCGCUUGUCACUGUCCUCGGAAUCGUUCAUGAUCGGCGCUUCAAUCUGGGCCCGCUGGUUGACCAGUAUGCGGAAACAAGGUUCAACUACCCAUUCGCCACAUCUUGCUUGGUCCGUAGCUAUACUCGCCUAUUGACGACGCCGACCGAUCCCGAGUCGUCUCGGCGCCUGCGAGCGACAUUCAAAGUGGGACGACAUAUUCUCAAGUUCAUCAUGAACGCUCGACAGCAGCAAAAAGAGAAGGAAGCUGGUAUUGGAAUUACCAGUCGUCAACCGACCUUCACGAAAGACCUACACGCGAUCUUCAGGUCCCUGGAGCUCUUAAUGACCAAUCCCUCCGCCGUCCUGAUUGGAACGAAGACCAUUCUCGUUCAGAACUUCCACACAUGGCUCCCGGAACUGGCAACGUCGAUGGCUCCGAUGGAAAUACUCAAGUUGACUUCAAGCUUUAUCGAAUCAUGCUCGUCUGCUCAAGGGAAGCUGAUUCUGUAUAAGAUAUUGCUGAUUCACCAUACCUCGGGUCUUGAGAUCUUCAAAUCGCCGGACACCCGUCGGAUGCUCCUCUCGAACACGGUCAAAUGGCUUGCGCCGCAUUGGGGCAAGGUUGAGACCGUAACAGAGCAAUGGAAGGAUCAAGUGCGCCUCUGUUGCUCGGUUGUUGCUUCGCAGGUGGAAGAGCUCGGACAGGAGGCCUGCGAAUACAUUCCGAAGCUGGUGGACUCCUACAGGGCUAUACAAGCAACGCCUCGUCAGACUAAAAAAACUCUAUCGCUCCUUUUCCCUACGUCGUAUCCCUUCCCGUCACGUCCGGCUACAACCCAAUCAGAUUUUGAUGAAGCCCUGGUCGAGAUUUCAGCUGUGCUAGCUGCCAUGUCGAACCUCCCGACGAUUAUCCAUCUCGAUUGGCCGAAGGACGACAUCGCGGGCUUCCUAUUCUCAGCUCUGCAGGUAUACAUUUCAAUCCUUGACGGCGAGGCGUUCCCUAGCUCGUGGCUAAGCGUGCAUAUCUACCACCACAAGGCUACCAUGCGCACCCUUGAGAGAUUCUCUGGUAUUUUGAUGGACUCCUUCCUCCCGCAUCCCGACGAAGCAGACCACUUCAAUACCGAUCUUUGGCGAGCCUUUUUCGACACUCUGCUGAAGCUAGUCGGUAGCGACGCGCUGGCUUUAGAGACCUUCCCGGAACAGAAACGCCGAGCAGUGUGGAAAAUUGCUGGGGAUGUGCGAGAACUAGGUGCAGACCUUCUGCAGCGCAGCUGGGAGGCCAUCGGAUGGGAAACAGGUCCUGAAGACAAGAAACAGUUCGGCCUUGAGAAAAUGGGUGGUUUCCAAGUGCAAUAUGUCCCCGGUCUUGUUGCACCCAUUGUCGAACUAUGUCUCAGCGUCCACGAAGGCUUGCGAAGCGUUGCCAUUGAGGUCUUGCAGACUAUGAUUGUGAGCGAAUGGACUUUGAGCGAAGAUCUCUCCUUGAUCCAAGCUGAAAUGAUCGACUGUUUGGACCGUCUUUUCAAAUCGAAACACCUCACCGAGGCGGUCUUGCAGAAGCAUUUCAUUCAAGAGCUCAUCGAUCUGUUCGAACCUCUGGCUCAUGAACCCGACGAAGAGCUGCUCACCGCUGUUAAGAACCUCAUCACCACAAUCGACGAGCUAUUGGAUCUACUAGUUGCGGUGCACAGCACGGAGGCUGCUGACGAAGUAUUCCAUAUCAUGGAUACGCUUCAUCUUAUGGAAUUCCUGAAGGACAUGCACAAGGAAGAUAUCUACAUUCGCUACGUUCAUCAGCUAGUCCAACUUCAGGCAGAUGCGCAGAACUACACGGAAGCGGGCCUUGCCCUCCGACUGCAUGCUGACCUCUACGAGUGGGACCCCACUGAUAUCGUUGACCCGCUAGUCGAACCCAACUUUCCGGCGCAGACAUCGUUCGAGCGGAAGGAACAGCUAUAUUUCCAAAUGAUCGACUACUACGAGAACGGGCAAUCGUGGGACAACGCGCUAGGCACGUAUAUGGAACUGGCGACUCAAUACGAGCAUAAUGUGUUCGAUUUCGCGAAAUUGGCCAGGGCGCAGCAUGCGAUGGCCAAAAUCUAUGAGAGCAUUGCAAAAGGCGACCGUCCAAAUCCGCGCUACUUCCGGGUAGUGUACAAAGGCUUGGGCUUCCCUGUGGGUCUACGCGACAAGCACUUCAUUUUCGAGGGCUCCCCCAAUGACCGCCUGGCCACGUUCACGGACCGUAUGCAGCAACAGCAUCCUUCGGCCCAGAUACUUACGGCCGGAACAGAGCAAGACGUUGAGGGCCAGUACCUCCAAAUAUUUCCCGUCAGCGCUCAGAAGGACCUAGCACAUCCAAUCUAUCAACGUGCAAAGGUAGCGCAGUCAAUUAGGGAUUAUUAUCUUCUUUCCAGACCCUUGCACUUUACGACAGCGUCCCGACGCACCGCUUCGGAUGGCCAUACAAAGGAGAUCACGGUUGAGAAGACUGUUUACACGACUGCCGAGGCCUUCCCUACCAUUUUACGAAGAAGCGAGAUCGUAGCCGUCGGGUCCGUCACGCUAACACCCCUUCAAACUGCGAUCGAACGCACCACUCGCAAAACGGUGGAGCUCCUAGCUUUGGAAAAGAAGGUCGCAGAGGGAGAGGAAUCGGCUUUUACCGCUCUUACUCAGGAAUUGAUGUUUGCUGUCGAUACUACCCAGGAAACAAGCGUUGCCAAUUAUCAUGACUUGUUGCCUAAGCCCCCUCGGGCUUCGAUUGCAUCUGCCGAAGAUAUGGAGACGCCCCGGGAGCCGAAUCCGUUGGAAAACGCGUUGAAGGUCGCAUUGACCGAUUAUGCUUUGAUCAUCCGACGUUGUUUAGGAUUGUACACAAGGCCUGCUCAACAAGCCACCAAAGCAGACCUCACGCAGCGACUCGAGAUAGCAUUCAACGAUGAGCUGGCUAGCCUCAUGCCCGUCAUUCUGCCGCAGCCUAUCCGCUCCCCAACCGGUUCCUGGCUCGCCGCGGCGACGUCCCCUUCGCGAGUAGCAAGCCCCGUGUCUAAUCCCAUCCCGCAAGUCAAUGGUACCCGCGUGUCAUCCCCCGUAUCAGAAGCCAGGCCGGCAAGACAAGACAAGAAGAGACUAAGCCUUGCAUUCUUCAGCAAGAGCGGUUCUACGGACGAGGCUCCCCCGGAGAAAGAACGCAAAGCAGAAAAGCCAACCAAGGAAGAGCAUCCAGACGCGGCGUCCACUACCGCAUCAUCGCGCAGCCGAAGCAAGGACACCACUAAGAAUCGACUAAGCCUAAGCUUCCUCGCGCCCACUUCUCCGACUCCGGAAGCUCUUCCUCACUUUCCUAGCCAGCAGAGCCUUAAACAAGCAAACAACCGCGGUCAAAGUAUCGACAGUCGCCCAGAGACCAGCAAGAGCGGAAAGAGUGAGAAGUCCGAUCACCAUAGGAAAGGGAGUGUGAAGAAGAGGUUGAGUAUCUUGAAUAUCGGGAAGAAGAGCAGCAAGAGCAGCGUUAGAGGACGCGUGGAUGAUACCCUGGCAGAAGAGUGACCUGUCGAUACUUCUCUUUCCGACGUUUCUUUCUUUUCGAAGCGGUAACUGGCCGUUUAAUUUUUGGUUAUCUUGUUUGGAUAGCGGUGGACCUGCGCUUCAGCGCCACAGCGUGUUUUAUUUUGGAUCUCGACGGAUAUAUGUGUUGGAAACUGAUGAUAGGGAGGGUUCGUAUUCGUUUACUUUUGUCUUGCGGUUUCGUGGAUUCUUCUGGAGCUGUUCUUUAGCAUGGAGCAGGCGGAUCUAGAUGGAUGGAUACGUCUGGGCUGCCGCAGCGCGAUGCGAACCUUUUGUGUAUGAAGUAGGAUUACCAUGGCUGCGUAGGUUGGCUUCUGGUCCUGUUUAUACCCUGACCUCUUGAUCGAGGCUCUUCCAAAAUAGAUGGAAUUAAACUGUUUUUCUGCG